UAUCUAAACCAAACUUCUAGGAAGAUGAAGUUUUUUUUCAUCUCCCAUGCCAUGUUGUGUUCACCUCUGCCUUGUUGCAUAAUUUUCUUCAUUGCUCUCCAUGUUCACAAGUUGGAUUCAGUUCCUUUGACAGGGAAUUUCAAAGUCAAUGGACCUGAUCACCCCAUCACAGCCAUUGCUGGUAAGGAAAUUGUGUUACCCUGUCACCUGUUGCCCAGGAUGAGCGCGGAAAACAUGGAGGUGAGAUGGUACCGGACUCAGUUCCUUGAAGUUAUACAUCUAUAUCGGGAUGGAAUAGAUCACUAUGAAAAGCAGAUUCCAGCAUAUCAGGGAAGGACAGAGCUUCUGAGAGAUGGUAUUGCCGAUGGAAACAUUGCAUUGAGAAUAUACAGAAUCACACCUGCUGAUGAAGGACACUACAGCUGUUUCAUCCAAUCAAGUACAUUUUAUGGAGAAGCUAUGUUGGAGCUCAAAGUAGCAGGUUUUGGUUCUGACCCUCGCAUUUCGGUUGAGGGUUACCAGGAUGGAGGGAUUCGGGUGGUAUGUGAAUCUGCUGGAUGGUACCCGGAGCCUGAGGCACAAUGGAGAGAUCACCAUGGGCAGCUCUUAGCAUCAUCUUCUGAAACAAAAUCCAAAGAUGCCAAUGGCCUGUUUCAAAUGCAAAUUUCCAUUGUUGCAAUAGAAAAUUCCAACAGAGACUUGUCCUGUUUUGUCACGAACCCUCGCCUCAACCAGGAGAAAGAGUCAACGAUUUACAUAACAGAUGUGUUUUUCCCGAGGGUCUCUCGCUGGAUGGUGUCUCUGUGGGUAAUUUUGGCUCUUUUGGGUUUUCUCAUUUUCCCAGCAAUUUACUACUUCUGGAAGAAACACAAAGCAAAAGGGUGGAGUAAUGUCAGACAAUAUGCAGUGGACGUGACUCUGGAUCCAGACACAGCUUAUCCACAUCUUGUCCUGUCCGAGGAUCGGAAAAGUGUGGAAUGGAGACCCCAACAUCGGGAUGUACCUGACUACCCCAAGAGAUUUGACUGUGUAACCUGUGUGCUGGGCUAUGAGGGCUUCAUCUCAGGGAGACAUUACUGGGAGAUAGAUGUAGGGGGUGGGACAACUUGGGGUGUGGGAGUAGCCAAAGAGUCUGUGAGCAGGAAGGGAUGGAUCCACUUUAGCCCUCAGGAGGGGAUCUGGGCUGUGGAUGAGUGCAGGGGUCAGCACCGAGCCCUCGCCCCUAUUGAGAUCCCCCUGUCCCUGAGUAAAAGCAUCAGGAAAAUUGGGAUUUACCUGGACUAUGAAGGGGGGCGAGUAGCAUUCUAUGAUCUGGUUAGAGAGGACCCAUUCUUCACUUUCACAGCCCAUUUCUCUGAGAAAGUAUUUCCUUUCUUCUUGGUGUAUUCUCAAAUCACAGUGUGUCUCCGGGGGACUGGGGAAUGAUUUGCCUAUUGCGGUCUGAGGUCUAGCCUCACACCGCUAAGUCUCUGGGGGAUUGUCUGCUCCUCA